GCGCGACUGCUCCCGGGCGCGUUCGCACUCCAGCGCACGCAGCCGGCGCCGGGAGCAGGAGCAGGGAGAGCACCUCCGGCUCCGCCGGCCGGAGCACCUGGACACCUGGCCCUGCUCGGAUCUGCCUGUACCCGUCGAAGGAGCAGUGGGGUGGGUGGGGAGAGCUGUGCCCCGCAGGGCCAGCGCAGACACUGACCUAGCCCAACCUCUUUUUUUUUUUCUUUUUUUUUUUUUUUUUUUUUUUCUCCCCCUCCCUAUUUUUUCCACUAUAUUAUUUUACCAGCUCCAAUUUAGCCCAGGAUCUUUUAACUGCUGCCAGCGGUGGAGCACAGAUCGGGAAUAGGCAUAUAGACUAGGUAGAAUUUAAUCUGGAAGGUUAAGAUUACAACGGUCUUAAAACAAUGGCAACUGGACAAUAGCAUUACCGUAUCUUCAAAUAGGACGAAGGAUAUUUUCCUCCCCUGUUCCCAAGAUCCUCCUCCUGAGCGACCACCAUGGGAAGUAAAACCCUGCCAGCCCCAGUGCCUAUCCAUCCUUCCCUCCAACUUACCAACUACUCCUUCCUGCAAGCAUUCAACGGGCUGCCCGCUGUGCCCUCCGACCACCUCUCCAACCUCUACGGCUUCAGUGCCCUGCACGCUGUGCACCUGCACCAGUGGACUCUGGGGUACCCGGCCAUGCACCUGCCCCGCUCCUCCUUCUCCAAAGUGCCCAGCGUCUCAAGCCUGGUGGAUGCACGAUUCCAGCUGCCGACCUUCCCACUCUUUCCACAUGUCAUCCAGCCCAAGCAAGAGGCUACCAAUGUGACCCUCAAAGCCAAACCUCGCUUUGACUUUGCCAAUUUAGCAGUGGCUGCCACACAAGAGGACCACUCUAAACUGGGACAGGCAGACAGUCAGGGCUCACCCACAGGGCUGGGGUCUUUGCUUGAGGUGACUAAACUCUCUCCAGAGAAGAAACCAACACGGGGAAGGUUACCGUCCAAAACCAAGAAGGAGUUUGUGUGUAAAUUCUGUGGCAGGCACUUCACUAAGUCCUACAACCUUUUGAUCCAUGAAAGAACCCACACAGAUGAACGGCCCUACACAUGUGACAUUUGUCACAAGGCCUUCCGAAGACAGGAUCACCUGAGGGAUCACAGAUAUAUCCAUUCUAAAGAAAAGCCUUUUAAGUGUCAAGAAUGUGGGAAAGGAUUUUGCCAGUCCAGAACACUAGCGGUCCACAAGACACUGCACACGCAAGUAAAGGAACUGAAACCUGCCAAACUUAAGUGUUGAAUAUCAAGCUUCUACGAACUUUUCUUUCCCUUCAGACUUUACACCAAACCCAGAGGAGAAACAAAACUUUCAGGAUGGGAGCACUGGAUUUUGUGCUUUGUUAUUGUUUGUACUUUAAAAAGGGCAAAAUCUGCACCCCUGCAAUCCCCCAUCCAAGCAAUUAACUUCCUAAGUCAUGGGUGAAAAGAUUAUUUUGCAUUUAAAAUAUACAUGAAUGAUACAGAGAGUGCUAGCUGACUUCUGUGGCUUUGAUAAACUUUAUACCAAAAGGUGGUGCUCACGUGUUGGACAGGAAUCUCUCUCAAGCCAAACAAAACCCCAUAAGACACCCCUUCCCACUCCCUCUCCCCCCAAAAAACCCCAAAAUCAUAGCUUCCAAAAGUAUUACUUAAAAAAAUCCAACCUCUUAUUUUAUACUUUUUUUUUUUUUUGACUGUAUAAAGCUUCUUAUUUUUACACUUCAGGAAAUACAGAGAAUUCCAGAAGACAAUUAAGAACUGAAACGGUGGUUUCUCAUCACAGCACCAUUAGGACAAGCAGAAGGGCCACUUGCAAAUCGCAUUUGCUGGUUUGUUUUCAGAAAAGGAGAAGAAAAUUAAUGUUUGGAAAUGACCUAAGUCUCUCUAAUGGGGAAUCCUAUUAUGCGGUAGAAAAUGCAUCUAGAUCUUAGACCCACAGGUCCCUGGUGUUCGUGACAGACCAGUGUUGAUGGGAUAUGGAGACCUCUUUUAUUACUUUGUGGUCUAGUGCGCUGUGAGGAAGUUUGUAACUUGUGGACUUAUUUGAAAAAACCCAGAAGAAAGAAAGAUGGCAGUACAUCAAACUGACGGUAUGCACAACGUGGUUUUAGUGGUACUUUAAAGUCUUCGUGUGUCCUGGUGUGAGAGAACAAAUCUCAACUUGAGAGCAUAUUUUUUUAAAUGCCGGCUUUCUGAACAGUGUAUUCAAAUUAAGAGACAUUCCAAUAAGUUUUGUUUAUUAAAAAAAAAAAAAGUUGUAUGGCUGUUUGGCACUUUAUGCUGAUUAUUGGUAAUUGACAUUUAUCACUGGAUUGUGUGUGGUUUUUAAGUAUUAAAAUAAAUUGUUAUUUUACAGGCAA